GUAUAAACUUUUUGUAACUAGUAACAGGCCAGGUACAGCAAAGAUUAAAGCGUGUAUGACACUCGUGAAGCUGCCCCUUUAGACAAAGCUGUUUCUAACAACUCAAGUAUGUGCAGUUAAGAGCGGAUUAUGUCAAAAAUUCUGUCAAACUUGACAAUCAAAGUAUUGGAAAUCAUUAAUCCCAGCUUAUUAACAAACGCAUUUGGAUCAGGCGACUCCUACCUACAAAGCACUGUCAACAGUUUUGUUGUGUUUGACGACUCUAAAAAAUAGGAAUGGACAGCAACACUGCAAAACAUUAACUGUCUGGCUAUCUCUUUAAUCACUUACCAAACUCUGCAUACCUGUCGGACUAAAGUGGUUUAUCAGCUAAACUAGUUGAAGUGAUAGAAAAUUUAAUAUUUCAAAAGGAAUUGGAGAUUCAUCUGAUACCACAGACAAACUCAUGGGCGAUCUUCAAUGUGGAUAAUGACUAAGUGUAUGAGUUUUUAUUCAACCAGGGAUAAUGAUAUGCGAUACACAGAUUUGGACUGGACAUGACGGGGAUGAGAUCGUCAGUUAUGCUUGGUUGAUAGUCCCAUAUACUUUACAGUUUAGACAGUAAUGGUCGAGAUGUACCAGGCUCAAGACAUUUGACACUGGUGCAACUAUCAAUGAUGAACUUUUCAGGAGAACAAACUGUUGAAUGUUAAUUAUCAAGAUGGUCGACUUCUCCGGUGCUUGUAGGUUCUUGUGAUAAAGGAUCAUCGGUGAAGAUCAAAUACCUGGGCGGCUGAUUUGAAACCCUUUUUGGAAAUUUAUCCCACCUUCCUAGUGAAGUUUGAUAGAACGAUCAACAUGAUCACGCAACAAAUUGGAAACUAUUUUAUUAUGGACUCGGAGCAACUGGUGUCCAACCCAUACCAGGAGAUGCAGAGUGAGGCCAUUGGGGACUAUGGCAAGAAGUCCUCUCUUACCGAGAAGUUCACCAGCGUCAAGAACAAUGUGUGUGAGAACCACUUCAACAUGGCGAGGUCUCAGCUUGAGCGGGAGAAGGACAGUCGUCUGCGCCACCUCCAAGAGAACACAAGUCGGCUACGAUAUGAAGUGAAGCUGUUGGAUCUCAACAGGCGGAAAAAUGAGAUUGAGAUGAGGAAGAGGAUUGAACCUCGUCGAGACUUUACUUAUGAUGAUACUCAGCUAACAAAGACAGAGAGACGACUUGGGGCAAACAUUGAAUCCCAUUACCUUGAUCGUAAAUUGAGGUACCCUGUGAGAGCAAAAGCUGUCAGUGAUAUUGCCAUUACACCUGCCGUGGCCAGGGCUCGGAGUACCCUCAGGCAACAGAAGAUGAGGCCAGAUUCUGAGAGAGCUGUAACAGCCAAGAGCAUCUGUUCUAGCAUGACUGUAGAUUCAUCUCACGUUCGAGAGGGUCGGUCUCGACAUAAAUGGCCAGCUUCCCGAUCUGCUCCUUUGACAUCAAGUAGCUAUGGUUCUCGGGACAGAUCUCAUGACAGUCAUUCUCGUUUUCCCACUAUACGUCAGACCUUUGAAGGAAAUUCCUCCCAUGAUAAACAGAGAGGUUCAUCUCAGCACGUAAAGUUUGCCUUUGAAAGUCCCCAUAAAUUGAUAGUCUCAAGUGAAACAGGGAGUUCAGUACAUCCUGGUGAACACAUGUACCGAUCAUAUACCUACUAUGGUGGCAUGAACAGAAGACCAACUUUCUACCAUGACAGUUCAUCAGAAGAGGAAAGUGAUGAUGACUUUGAUUCCAGUGAAAAGAUUGACCUUCGGGCCAUACUAUUUGGGAAAUCCCAAAACGAGGACACCAUGUCCGUUAAAUCUCGCCCUCAUUCCGAACUAACCUGCACCUCCCAGGGCUUUGGUGUGAGGCGUUCCCAGGGAGCUCCCCAGCAACUCACCCAGGAGAAGCUCCAGAAGGAGACCAAGGUGAUCCAGAACAAGAUCAACAUUUUCCUCAGACGGCUUGAGACUGAUCCUCCAAUCAAGAAGAAAGUCUUCUAUGACUCUGAGUCUGAAGAUGAGCUGACUGAAACAGGUAACACAAUUCCAUUUGUCGUGAAGAAAAAGAAACCUCCUCCGCCACCACAAGCACCACCGCCAAAAAAGAAAGAAGAAGAAGUGAUCUCAGAGGAGGACUCUUCAGACUCAGCUGAGAUGGAGGGUUCUGAGGUUCCUGAGAAGCGUAGCACGAAGGAUGCGUGGAAGUAUAUCCGUGGUCACAUGGAUGAUGGGAUGCUGCAGGGGACUUACACUGCGGCAGAUCUUGUUCUGCAACAACUGACUGGAGUCCUAGUUGGUCACAGCAAGAAACCCACAGUGCCUCUUAACUGUGCAAGUCGAGCAAUGAGGCAUACAGCCACAUUUAAGAUGAGAAAGGUUGUCGAGGGCUUGAUUGAGAGUCGAACAAAAUAUGAGCAGCAUGAAGUGGAUGAGCUGAAGAAGAAGAUGGACGGGGAUGGGGACGUGGAGGUGCCACCUGCAUCUGAAGCCUCUUAUACUGAUAUACCACAGCAAGUAGUGUGAUUGACACUGGUUACAAAUACAGAUAUUCCACAGCAAGUACCUUGAACUACACUGGUUACAAUACAGAUAUACCACAGCAAGAAGUUUGAACUACACUGCUUACAAUACUGUACUGAAUGAUAUAUGACUCAUCUUUCUCAGUUGCCCAAAUAAGGAUCAUCAAAACCAAAAAUGUACAUGCCCAAAGGAUACUUAUAACAUGUUUCUGGCAAGAGGAAAAGUGCCAAAUGGGUUAUCUACAUCCAACAAUAUACAUUCAACAUGGUGGCAUGGAAAACAGAGUGACCUGUUGAGUAAACAAGUACAGGGGAAAGGCAGUGAAGAGGACAGUACCAAGUAACUUAGUGAAGAAAACACAGACCCAAGGAAAGAAGCAGCAGUAGCUACACAACUGAUCUUAGUGCUAAGAUGAUCAUCUCCCAUACUUAAACAUAGGCUUACGACAGUCGCAGCGCUAAGAUCCCUUUGUGGAAUGAGGCCUAUAAAUGAUAGUUACAGGAUUUUGACUGGAAUGAAUACUAACAAGUGUGCCUGCCGAUCUGUGGCAUUAUGUGUUGACAGAGGAUUGGUACUGUUUGUGUUUACAUUGUGGCAAAGUGUUGUGUACAUUUCAUACAGCUGUACAAUGGCUGACUUGACAGGAAAGUGCUUAAUAUUGAAGUUCCAGUUUGUGUGUGUCUGCUUCAAGUGGUGAUGGUAAAUUACUCAUUUAGUAAACCUGUGAUAAAAAAUUCAAAACGGAAUAUCUUGUGUAUAACUGAGUGUACAAUAUUCACAGAAAGCAAAAAGUGCAGGAGUUUUCACUAAUCAGCCGAAUGUUUGCUGUGGUUGUGGCAAAGAGGACACAAUUUAUGGAUAACAACUUCUUAAUUACUGCAAAGGCGACGUUUCGGUAUAGAUCCUUAUACCGCUGUCAAGCAAGGCUGAUAGGCUGGUUUCAAGGGGAGUUUGAGUGAUGCAGCGGCGAAGAAUUUGCAGAGUGUCAUCUAUGGGUCCUCUGGUGAAGAGGUCUACUACAUCGUAACUGAUGAUUUGAUCCGGGUCGGUGAUGUUCUUGAGUUUGGAGCAGAAGUCGGUAGAGUCUGACAUGAAGGAGUCAGCUGAUUUUCCUAAGGGAGGAAGGAGUGGGUGUGGUCUGUGCCCUGUGCCGUAUUGUGUAUACCAGCUUUCAUCAAAUGUAUAGGAAAGUACCAAUGACAUCGGAUUCAGACAUAUUGGACUCCAAUGUUGACACUGCUUGGAGUCUACACCAGGGUUUGUCAAUGUAUUUUUUCAGGUGUCCACCAGGCCAAGGACAACAGACAAAUCACUGGUCCCACAGAACAGUUGCUAUAUAUGCUGGAGCAAUGGGGUAACCCUGUGGUAAAAGCGUUCAGUUGUCACUCCAAAACCUGGGUUCCAUUCCCUACAUGGGUACAAUGUGUGAGGCCCAUUUCUGGUGUCCUCCACUGUGAUAUUGCUGGAAUAUUGCUAAAAGCGGCGUAAAACCAUACUCACUCACUGCUAUAUAUGCUAAAAUAUCAUGUCGGUGUUAAACAAUUUCCUUUUACUCUAUAUAGCAAAUAUUUGUCCUUUCAUUCUGUUAAACAUAAACAAAAUAAAGAGAUUGACACUUCAUCUUUUCAAUUUGCUGGAUUGUAUAAUAUCUGGCCUUUACUAUUCUUUACAGACCAGAAUAUUGGUAGACACAAUUAAUUACAUACAAAAUGCAGUCGUAACAUCUGCAUUUAUUUUCUUCCCCUGAACAAAGAAGACACAGUGUUCGAAAUUAAAGAUGGUCCUGGACGACUGCUGCUAUAGUAUUUGAAUCUAGGGACCCUUAAAUGUGUCACUGUUGACUUUAAGUCUAUAACAAGGACCCUGAGUUUCAGGCUUAAUUUCAAACACUGCAGAUACCAGGAAGAGAAUUUAUGGAUGUCAACUUCUAUAUUAUGAGGAUGUUACGAUUCUGUUCCUCAUAAUAAAGGUGGCAGUGGGU